CGGCACGUGCUCCCCUUAUCUGCCCGACACCUCCGCUGCCGCUCCGCUAUCUCGGCUGGCGAAGGAAGCCUGCGGCUUAUCUCCACGGCCCGAGAUAGGGAAACGGCAGCGGGUCAGGUCUCCCCCGCCCGCCCUUCUCCUCUUCCCGGGGCUUUCAAAGGCUGCCCCUUGCAGUCCUCCCUGUGCCUGUCGCUGGUGCCCCACCCAGCUCAGGGGUGACCCCGGCCCACUCGUGCCCCCCUUGUGGGGCUCGGCGGCCUCUCCCGGCUCUGGCUCGUGCCACACCUGUGCCUGGACCGCCCCUUCGGAGCCAGCGGCUUGUUGGCCGACCUGCGGGUGCCGCCGUGGGGGGUGGCUAGUGUGGUAUCACUGGAAGGCGGGUACAAGGCCAGGUUUGCCUGGGUGACUCCGGGGUUGUGUUGUAAACAUGUUCCCUCCGCAAUGAAUUUAACUGGCAGCUAGGAGCUCCAGGACUCAGGAUGGCAGGAGCAUCUUCUUUUCCUAUUUUCCCCUGUCAGGCAGCAUUCCGGUCAGUUUCCUGCUCCGGUGCUAUGGGGCUGCGAUGGCAACACCGUAUAGCUGUAGAGGUGACCAACGAACCCAUUCUGGAGUUCAAGCAGGGCAGCCCGGAACGAGCGGCUCUUCAGAAGGCGCUAAACGAUCUGAAGGGCAAGACGGAGGCCAUCCCGUGCGUGGUGGGGGGAGAAGAGGUGUGGACAUCAGACGUCAGAUACCAGUUGUCGCCGUUCAAUCACUCGCACAAGGUGGCCAAGUUCUGCUAUGCGGACAAGGACUUGCUUAACAAAGCAAUCAAUGCUGCCGUGGCGGUGCGGAAGGAGUGGGACCUGAGACCUGUCCAGGACAGGGCACAGAUCUUCUUCAAGGCGGCCGACAUGCUGAGCGGCCCACGGCGAGCGGAAAUGCUGGCCAAGACCAUGAUUGGGCAGGGCAAAACCGUCAUCCAGGCGGAAAUUGACGCAGCCGCGGAGCUGAUAGAUUUCUUCCGAUUCAAUGCCAAGUACGCGCUGGAGCUGGAGAACUCUCAGCCUGUCAGCGUCCCCAUCAGCACCAACAGCAUGGUCUACCGGGGGCUGGAGGGCUUUGUGGCAGCUGUUUCGCCCUUUAACUUCACUGCGAUUGGUGGGAACCUGGCAGGGGCUCCGGCUUUGAUGGGAAAUGUGGUCCUCUGGAAACCCAGCGAUGCCGCCAUGCUGUCCAACUUCACCGUGUACAAGAUCCUCCUGGAAGCUGGUCUCCCUCCAAACGUCAUUCAGUUUGUCCCGGCUGACGGAACUGUUUUUGGAGACACAGUCACGAGCUCUGAGCAUUUCUGCGGGCUCAACUUCACGGGCAGCGUUCCAACCUUCAAGCACCUUUGGAAGCAGGUGUCAGAGAACCUGGAUCGGUACCGCACCUUCCCGCGCCUGGCAGGAGAGUGUGGCGGGAAGAACUUCCACUUCGUGCACAGCUCAGCCGAUGUGCCCAGCGUGGUGAACGGGACCCUGCGCUCGGCCUUUGAGUACAGCGGCCAGAAAUGCUCGGCCUGCUCCCGCCUCUAUGCCCCCGACUCGCUGUGGCCCCAGAUCAAAGAGAAACUGUUGGAGGAGCACGGGAACAUCAAAGUGGGAGACCCUGCCCAGGAUUUCGCCACGUUUUUCUCGGCUGUGAUCGAUGACAAGUCUUUUGCACGUAUUAAGAAGUGGAUCCAACACGCCAAGACGUCGCCCAACCUCAGCAUCCUGGCAGGGGGGACGUGCAAUGACACUGUUGGGUAUUUUGUCGAGCCAUGUAUCGUGGAAAGCAAAGACCCAAAGGACCCCAUCAUGGAAGAGGAAAUUUUUGGCCCAGUCCUGACUGUGUAUGUCUAUCCAGAAAAGCAGUACAAGGAAAUCCUACAGCUCAUAGACACCACAUCCCCCUACGGCCUCACAGGGGCAGUGUUCGCCCAGGAUAAGAACGUCAUCCAGGAAGCGAGGAUGCUUUUGAGGAAUGCAGCUGGCAACUUUUACAUUAAUGAUAAGUCGACUGGUGCAAUUGUGGCCCAGCAGCCAUUUGGGGGCGCCCGUGCCUCAGGAACCAACGACAAACCUGGCAGUCCCUCCUACCUCCUGCGCUGGACGUCUCCCCAGGCCAUCAAGGAGACCCACGUGCCCCUCGGAGACUGGAAGUACGCGUACAUGCAAUGAUCGCGGCCCAGUGCCUUCCAUGCUGGGAGAAUGGCCUCUUACUACUGACUCCAAAUGCAGAGCGUAGUGGCCGAUCUCAUUUCCAAGCUACGGCUCUAAUAGUAUUUAAAGCAUUUUGUUUUUGCAAACACAAUUUAACAGACUGUUACCCAGCAACAAGAGCAGCCCUUGUGAUUUCUCAAACCUGAUGUAGAGGAUUAGUCUAAGGCAGGGCUCUUCUGUAGGCUGCAGUUUGUUCACGGUCCUCUAGCAGGAGGAGGCUGCUCAUCAAGGAAGCCAGGAACCUCAGAACUACUAGACUAGAACAGGAAUACAGAAGCAAGAACCACAGGCCUGAGAGGAGAAACAUUCUGGAAAGAAUGAGAUAACUGGGAUUCAUGCUGAUCUGUGCUAAACAAAUCCACUAAGCUUGCCCUCCCAAAGUCCCAUAGAAUCAUAGAGGAACAUGCCUUUGGAGAGGUUCUUGUUCAUUUCUCCCCCUACAUUGGUCUAUGCAUGAUUGUGGUUUUCCAUCUAGAUCUCAGGGACAGAGUGUCUCCUGCUGCAGGUAUGAAGCCAGUGCCCAGUCUGCCAUUGGAGAGGGAACAAAUCAUGUUCUUUAAAGGCCAUACGAACACUUAAUUCUCCACAUGCUGCGGUGUAAAUCUACCCUGCACGGCACUAAGUGUCUGUGUGGACCUUGCUGCUGCCUGCUAAAAAUUCCCUACCAUGCUUUAAUCCAAGUGGGGUAGAUCUAAGCUCCCUAGGAAACUUUUAGUGUAUGGUAAAUUUACAUCCCAGCGUGCCAUCAACAAAGUGUUUGUGUGGACAAGCCGUAUGUUUUAUCAUCAAACACUGUAGGUGAUAAAAUGCCUUGCAGUCACACUUUGGCUGUAAAAACCCUUGCAAAGUUUAGAGGGGAGACGCAUUUAGGGAACAUAAUGCAUGAAAACAGCAACUGAGCUGGGACUAGGCAGAACCCUUGUCUUCCAACUCUUGUCCAUCCUUUUUCAAAAGCAGCCUCUAACACCCAUAUCCCUCUCCACCAGAAUAGGGACAGAUUUUGCUUUCUCCCCCUGAACUGAGAUUCCUGAAAUAAUCAAUAUGAGGCAUACAGCUCUUGCUUUAGAGCAGAUAAUGGCAUUAACAAGAUGGGCUUGCCCCUGUUACUUUCAGAGCUGUAUUAUCUUCUAAACACUUGUUUUUAGUUUAGUGCAUGGGCCAUGUUACAAAUCAUGCUUGUUAAACUUCAUUUUUAAAUUGCUUGUUGGUUAAGAAUUCCUAUUCUGGGGAGUGGGGGGAAACGUAUGUGAACUCUGGCUUGAAUUGAUCCCGAGAGCUACACCAUUGGACUCUAGCUGUGCACUUUCCCAGAGUUCCUUGCUGUUAAGAUCAGAGGCUGUGGUCUGGCUUAGGCUGUAGUUUGAAUCGCAUCGUGACAGUAGCUCUGUUUUGCGUAUCGUACUGAGGGGAUGCUGUUGUUGUGCAUUCCUCAUGGCUAUUUUGCUGUUAAACCUCUUGGUUUAAAACCGGAUUCAGUGCUAGCCCCAUGUUUCACAUUAGUACAGCCCCUGGCUGUGCUAAGCCAAGCCAAUGGCAAGGGUUAGCCAUACAAAUACUUUGCAACUGCGUCAGUAAUAGGUGCAUUAAGGCUUUUUAGGUCUGGGAUUCACUAGCCCUUUGACAGCUAUCCAGCUGGGCAGGCUCCUCCAAGCUACUCCCCUGUGAGGUUACCUGAAUGGAUCCUGAGGGCAUCUCCUCUUCCCUGGCGUGGAUCUCAUGUUAGUAACAAGUGGGUGGCAGCAGCAGGAAUCUUAUCGGCUGCUCGGAGGGAGAGAGAUCUGAUCACAAUGUUAAGAGUCCAUUUUGCCUCUGUUGGGCCUUAGACAGCAGGCCAUGUGUACAGUGAACACUCCUGACUGUCUGUUCCUGUACAUCAUGGGUAACGCCUACCCACCUGUUCUGAGGCACAAAACUGCUCUAAAUUGCAAAUGCUACUGCAGUCUUAUUAGUAGGUUCUUAUACCAUGUCCACUGAGCUCUCUCAUCCAACUUUCCACAUCCUGAUUGGACAGGACAGUCUAACUUCAGUUCUAAUUUUGAAUGUUCCUUCAAUAGCAAGCUGUUACGGUUGACAAUUCCCGCAGCCAGAAUUGUGAAACUGUAGAUGAUUGACAGUACAGCCGUUAAUUGUCUGAGGUGUACAGUCAGUUAAAUGUUAACCUCUACUGUGCCUUGGCUAGUAUUUAGCUUUCAGGUCAAUAACUGGUCACUGCCACUGAAGUCAAUAUCCACUUAUUACAAAUAUCAAAUGCUGAAUCAUGAGACAGGUAAGCUGUUACCAUAUCUUAGUUACACAGACUUGUAUGCAUUUUAAAAGGAAACUGUUGAAGCAAAGGUUUGUUAAUGACUGAUUCUACUAGCACUUUUUGGUUCUAACUGUGUAAGAUUGAAGGAGUCUACUGUAUUUGACGCAAAGAAAAACAUUUCAGGUACUUAUUUACCUUUUAUCACUGUGUAACACUAUACAAAAGUAAUAGACAAGAUUAAUCUGUACCAGGAUGCACAAUAGCAACAAGGUUUUGCAUAUUAAAAUAAAUCAGUAAUUUAUCCAGUAAAUACAAACUUUCAUGUGACUGAUAGCUGCAGCUACUCUAUUUUAUACAGGCUUGUGAGAUAAGUUUGCAUAACGCUGCUGGGGAGGAUAAAUUCUCUUCCCCUGAUUCUGCAUUUAGUGCUUUUCUACACAGCCCCACAGUACGGCCUACAGGGGUGUGAACUGUCGCACACACUAAAGUUUAGUGCUGUAAUUACCCCAUGCAGAUCUUGCUAGCAUGAACUAAGAGAUACCCAGUUUGCGUUAGUGUAGGGCUGUUUUAAAUGGACUAUGUUACAGUGAACUAAGUCCCUUUUAGUUCGUGCUAGCAGGGUCUACAGGGGGCACUUACAGUGCAAAACUUCAGUGUGUGCUGCAGUCUGCACUGUGGGGUCAUGUAGACAAGCCCCUUAGAGCAUGUCUACAUUGCAGUGAGAUACCCGUGGCUGGCAUGUCUCACAGGGCUCAGGGCCUGUUUAAUUGGGUCCAGCCCAAACCCAAAAGUCUACACCACAAUUAAACAGUCUCUUACCCUGAACCCCGUUUGCUGAGUCACCAACCACUAGUUUUUAACUGCAGUGUAGAUGUGCCCUUGGUGCUGAGUGACUUGGGUAUCUCUUCUCCCAGCUCUUACCUGCCUCUCAGCUAUCCUCACCAGGUCUUCACUCCCUUUCUAGCAGCUCUCCCUCAAGUGCUCACUAUAGAAUCUACACCCUACCUCUGCCUGCUUCACAGCUUGUCCUAACCCUUGUUCCUUGUUAAACUUAGAUCAAACUGCUGCAUUAGCUCAGUCGCCCCCUGCUGUCCCAGCCCUACGGCUUCUAAUCCUACCAACUUCCUGUUGCACUGGGUGUAGUUUCCCUCAUUUUAUCCCAUUCCUGCAUAUGGGAUAGGAGAUGACCUGGCUUUGUACCUCUUAAAAAAACAGUGAGCUUUAAAAGGCCAAAAGCUUUUAAGCAUGGAAUGACCCUCUUGGUAUAACAGGUUUUUCCUAGCAUAAGGAUGAAAUAAGUAGGACCAGUCAGUCCAAACAACCACCCUAUCAUGCAAGAAAGCACCUGGAUUUGUGUUAAGUUGCAAACUCCAUCCUGCUUCAAGCAAUCCUGCCCCAGUUUGGAAGCCAGAUGAAAUCAUCAAGUUAGCUAGAGUGCCACUUUGAUUUUCUGGGGGUUCAAAGGAACCGCAUUAACAGACUCAAGUGGUGGAAAUCCCAUGGAUCAAAACCAAAGAGGUCACUGGCAUAAAACCCUGUGGAUGCAAACAGAGCCACUGCCCCAAUAAGCAGCCUGUCCCCUGUGCAACUCACUCUCCUGCCCAGUGUAUUGCCGUGGUAGUGACGGAGACAUGCGAAAAACAAUUGGCUUUUGUUUUCUUCCUUCCCAACAAUACAUGAAUGUCUUUCUAAUAUUAGAAACUGCUGCUAAGAAUCCCUUUGUUAUGUUUGUCACCUUGCCACACAACAAGGAGAAGUAAUAAAAUCUUGUUUAAUCCUACCCUCCAGUUUGCCCAUUAACUCUACCUUCCCUCGCCAAACAUCAGGCUUGCGUGAUCUGUAAUGGCAAAUCUCCACCUCCAAAAGCUGCAAAGGGAACUAGCAUUUUCAUACUCUUAUUAUAAGGAGCUGGGGCUCCACUUGGUUGAUUUCUUCUUAGUAAUAAUUUGAAUGCUGUUGUCUACACAAGAAUGUAGUCUGUAUCCUGUUGAUGGCAUGUUACCAAAAUGGGUCUUACCUGAAAUGCACUGUACAGAGAGCAAUGUUGAUCAGACAGAAAGCUGAGUGGGUGACCAGGUUGUUCAGAGCGGAAGGACUUCAGUUUACUUGGUCACUGGUCUGGCUGAUCCAAAAAGCUGUGAGUGUUCACAAAUGAUUCACUGGUUGUGUUCGAGUUGGAUCGCUCUUUGCUGCAGCUCAACUCAGGCUGAACACUGCAAGAUAUUUUCAAUGUGAAAGGUCCCCGCUACUGGUCUCACCUGCAUGGGAGAAUGUAUAGUGUUGAGGGAUGAGAAUAAUACUCAGAAUGGGGCAGGUACUGCUAAUAAAAGACUCGCAAAGCA